UUAUAGCCAAGUAAAGUGAACGCAGUGUAUUAUUAAAAUUUUCUGCAAACAGAUAAGCGAGUCGCGAGCAGGCUGUAAGAAAGAAUAUUUUAAAGUUUAUUGGUAAAUAAACAACGUAAUGUCACGUGUGUGUGUAUCCGUUUGCCUCUUCGUUCUCUUCACCUUUAGCGACACUCUUCUAUUCAGUGAUUACGAGAACAAUAGUAUCCAAUCCGAGUUCGUAUGUGAAAAUAUAAGUAUCAUACCCCCCGGUUCCAAUAAAACUCGUCUGACGUUUUUUGAAACGUUAUUAAAAGGAAUGAUGUUGCCUGUAAACAUUUUGGAAAAGAUCUUUAAAAAUCUGUUUGAAAUGUUAUUAAAAGUAAUAAUGGUGCCUAUAAAUAUUGUGGUGAAUCCCAUUAAAAAUCUGCUACAAAAGAUGUUCACGGACGUUGUGACAGAUAUCCUCCAAUCGCUACCACAGCUGCUCACAAGGAUUAUAAUAAAUAUGCUCAGACCAAAAAAUUACACGAAGCACGAGGAUCAUACACAACUUGAAAAAGGAGGAAAUAUGUCGUACGGAAAAGUUCUAACAAGAUACAAAAAUUACGUUAACAUUGUCUACCCAGGAACACUCUGGUGCGGGCCUGGAAAUAAUGCAAUAAAUGAGAGCGAUCUCGGUCAGUUCAACGAAACAGACGCCUGUUGCAGAGCGCACGAUGAGUGCAAGGACUAUCUGUUAGUCGGCGAAACGAAAGUCAAUAUCCAGAACAACGGUGUUUUCACAAGAUCCGCUUGCACUUGCGACAACGAGUUCUACGAUUGCCUGAAAAACGUCUCCAGUCUGAUAAGCCUCAAGAUUAGUGUGAUGUACUUCAAUAUACUGCAACCGCAGUGUUUCCAAUGUGUAUGCCUGACAGUAGGUUUCAAUCUUGAAGACGGCACGGAAUAUAAGAACCAGUGCGAAAUGUAUAAAUGGGUCGACAAUCGCAAAGUUAAAUUUUUAAGUUGAGUUAACAAUAGUCGUGUUAGCAGACAUUCAAUUUUGGUACGAUAAAGGCAGAUCCUUAUAAUUUUGAAGAUUUAAUUCUUUUCUUAAAGAUAUUUUUCUUAAAGAUCUUCAAGAUCAGAUGAAGACAGGCGAGAGGAAUAAAGUAUAAACCAUUAUGAUAAACAUUAUAAUAAAUAUCUAAGCGUAUCUCCAAGCAAACUAUUUAAAAAAAGUCUAGCCGAUACGUUUUUAUGGUAUAUAAAAACGUUUAAUGUACAUUUAAACCGUCAAAAUAUCUCGCAGAAAAACAGUAUUUUAAAUUUAUAAAAAAAACAUUAAAUAUAGAUAUUAAAAAUGUUAAAACAAUUUACAAAACAUUUUGUAACGUUUAUAAAAUAGUAUAACGUAUCGAUCUUUAAACAUUUAUCAUUCAAUUUAUAUGCUUAUUACACGAUUUUUAACAUUUAAACGUAUUUUGUUUGUAAUUGAAUUAUUUGACAUAUA